CAGAGUAAAUACGAAUCAUAACAUUAAAACAAUUCAAGCCGCAACAAAUCUGCCAUAACCACAUGCUUAAAUAUUCUGCGUUCAGUGCCCAAGAUUGCGCGCUUCUCGAAGCAUGAACGCAAUGAACGAAACACUCGCUGGUGCUUACCUCUAACGCUUGGCCAAGCUCUAAAUCAAACGUUACAACACAGAAACAGGUCACCCAUCUUCUAAAACGAUCCCAAGGUAAAACAGGGCCUUCAUAUUCACUUGCAAGGAACAUUUCAUCCCCUUCACAGUCCGCCAUAUUUCUCGGAAACCAUCUGUGCGUCUGUGCUUUUCGAUCGGUUCAAUUGACGUCAUUUCCGGUGAGACCAGCCCCACGUGCGCGAUGCUUUCUGGGCAAUAAACAAAUACCGCGUGCGAUCUUGUUCCAAAAUGGCGUCUUGCAGUGAUGGAGAAAAACGUCAUAUUUCUCAUUCUGAUGAACUUUUACGGCUCCCUUUCAAACCUGAAAAUUACAAGCUUCUGAUAACCAGAGAGAGCAAGGCGAAAAGUAGAGUUCCUUCAAAGAUAUACAAGGUUGAAGCACCUUCAGUCUUAAACAGAGUCAAGGACUUUUUGCCGAGGAUGAAAGAAGCUGGGCAACAACUUGAAAAAGAACUUCAUGGGAAGUCACCCUCCGAAAUGGAUAUUGAAAGUGUUGAUGAUAGUGCUCCAUACAUUGAAAUGGUAAACAUGAAAACAAGUUUAAAAGAACUGUGGAAGAAAUGUGUGUUAGGUCUUUACAACAAGGGUAGGAAAGGGGACUGAGGAACAGAUUUUGCCAAAACAAAUGGUAUUAAUAAUAAAUAUUUGAAUAUGUAAUUUGCCAUAGUUAUUAUAUAUUAUAUUAUAAUUGUCAGAAUAUUUAGAAACAAACAGGUUUCACACGGUUUUGUAUUACUUUUUUCUAUUUGGAUUUCUUUCGACUCGUGGCAAAUUUUCAUGAUUGAUGUAGGCAUAAGUACAAUAGCUACUGGACCAUAUUCAUAUUCUCGAUAUUGGACUGCAACUAGCUUGCAGCUGAGGCUAAUGGAGGGAGUUAGUCUUUUCAAACGUAAAUGACAUUCACCUCUUUUUAAUGAUAUCCUCCCACAUGAGCCUCCAU